UAUUUUUCUGUUUUUGGCAUUAUGUUGUUUAUUGUAUAACAUCCUAAGAUAGUGUGUUCUACAUCAUCGUCAUUAUCUUAUUACCACAUAUUCCAAAAUCAUUAGUCAUCAUGGUUUUUUUAAUUUUGUUGACAAAAUAUGAAUCAUUAUGUUACUCACACAUGAUCCAAAAUUAAAAUUCAUAAAGAAACUUUGUUGAUUUGAUAUUGAGGAAAAAGAGAGAUCUAAAUCAAAAGAUGGUGAAUGCAAUAACAGCAGCAAUUGGAGAUUUAGUAUUGACUUUCAUAUGGAUGUUCAUUACUUCUACCCUUGGAUUAGUAACAACAGAAAUUCUCAAUUUUCUUGAUCUUCAAUUUGUCUCUUAUAAUGGUGUUAAUUACCCUUUUAUUGUAAUCACAACUUUUCUAAUUUUCAUUAUUAUAUUUACUUUUACUGCCAUUGGUAAUGCUAUGGGUGGUGCCAGUUUCAACCCUACAGGCAAUGCUUCUUUCUAUGCUGCUGGUCUUGGUUCUGAUACCCUUUUCUCUAUGGCUCUUCGUUUCCCUGCUCAGGCAUUAGGUGCAGUGGGUGGUGCUAUGGCAAUUAAAGAAGUAAUGCCACCAAGAUAUAGCCACAUGAUCGGAGGACCUGCUUUGAAGGUUGAUUUGCAUACUGGAGCUAUUGCAGAAGGAGUGUUGACAUUUGUAAUCACUUUUCUUGUUCUCUUCAUCUUGCUCAAAGGUCCUCGUAGCGAAUUUAUGAAGACUUUGUUGAUGGCUAUGUCGACCGUGGCUAUGAUCCUCGCUGGUUCUGCUUACACCGGACCAGCAAUGAACCCUAUCCUUGCAUAUGGUUGGGCAUACCUAGAUAACUGGCACAACACAUGGGACCAAUUCUAUGUUUACUGGAUUUGUCCUUUCAUUGGAUCAAUACUUGCUGCUUGGCUGUUUCGUGCUGUUUUCCCUCCAAAAGUGGCAAAACAAAAGAAAGCAUGAAGAAGAAGCAUUAUGCAAGCUGUUAUUAAUAAUCUUUUCUUUUUUUUCUUCUCAAUUUUGAGUAUAAUCUUUCUUCAUUAAAUCAUCUCUUGUUCAUUCCCAUGUAUCAUGUUGCUUCUUUUUUUUUUUUUUUUGUCUAGUAGCCUAGUGGCUAGACUCAUAUUUUAAAUGCGGAGAAGUGUGGAAUCCUGGAUUUGAACCUGGGCCACUGCAUAUCAGCAUCCUUGUAGCUACCAACUUAGCUACGGGCAUGUUGUUUUUGUUUACCAACUGAGUUACUUGUUUAUUGUAGCUACCAGCUCAGGAUAUGUGGUAAAUAAUUUGACAUUUGUCAUCAUGAAAGUAAUAUUUGUAUUGUAUUUUAGUUUAUUCUCUGUUAUUUUGUGUGUAUAUCUAUUAUUAGAUCCAUUUCAUGUAAUAGAAAGAUUCAAUAAAUUUUAAACAUGUAAUUCAAAUCUUUGUUUCUUGA